UAUUGCUUUUGUUAACCGCCUCCAUGCACGGGAUACAGAUAACAAUGCUCGCAGCGUUUAAUAAAUAGAUAAAAUAAGGAUUCUAGUACGUAAUAAUAUGUAGACUCAUAUAAUUAGUAUAUAAUAUUUUAUUUAUCUAUGGUUAAAUAUAUACAAUUAUACAACGAUAAAGAGACACCGCCCUCACUCGCUUUUACAUGCAUUAAUGUCGAUUGUCGAAUAUUGUAAAAUUAAUUAAAUAACAGCUUCGACGGAAGGACGACUAAUCAACCGUGAUCGAUAUUGUACCUGUGCGUCGUGAUAUUAUUAUUAUACAUUUCAGUAUUUCACACAAUCGAGCGUUUCGAUUAUAAUAUUAUUUAUAGUCGCACGCGACCACGGCUUUCGUCGUUUCGUUAUUAAAAUAGUGAGCUAUAACAACAACAGCAGCCAGCAGUCAGCACCACCACCAGCGGCAGCUGCACUCUCGGUCGGUCGAAAUCCUUGAUCGCUGUCGUCGUUUCUGUCGCAUGUGACUACACAUGCGUGUAUGCGACGGCUGAAGUCGUGAACGGUGGGCCAAGGCGCGUCCGAACGAUCCCGCCGGGCGCCGACGCCCUUAAACGCUAACUACAACAAUGUGGGCCAUCAGCGGCUUAGCCAUCGUCGUGUGGCUAUUGACCGCAACAUCCGCUUCCACCAGAUAUCCGGUCGUCUUGGUUCCUGGUGAUGGCGGUAGCCGCAUUGAUGCUAAAUUGAACAAACCCAGUGUCGUUCAUUAUUUAUGUGAUAAAAAAACAAAUGAUUAUUCUAACAUUUGGUUGAAUCUCGAAUUAUUAGUGCCAUAUGUAAUAGACUGUUUGAUAGAUAAUAUGAGACUGAUAUAUGACAAUGUUACCCAUACUACUCACAGUCCUCCAGGUGUAGAUAUAAGAGUACCUGGAUGGGGAAAUUCUUCUGCUGUUGAAUACAUUGAUCCUAGUUUAUCCACAUUUGGCGCUUACUUUAAAAGUGUUGGUGAUACAUUAGUAGGCACUGGUCUUGAGCGAGAUGUUUCUAUUCGGGGAGCACCGUAUGAUUUUAGAAAAGCUCCUAAUGAAAAUGCUGAGUUUUUUGUGAAACUAAAGACAUUAACUGAAGAAACAUACCAACAAAAUAAUAAUACACCAGUUGUGUUCAUUGUACACAGCAUGGGAGGAUGUAUGACAUUGAAAUUUUUGCGAGCUCAAACACAGAGGUGGAAAGAUCAACAUGUCAGAGCAAUGGUUUCAUUAGCUGGUGCUUGGGGUGGAGCUGUUAAAGCAUUGAAAGUUUUUACUGUAGGUGAUGACCUAGGAGUUUAUGUACUUAGUGGUAAUGUUUUAAAAGCUGAACAAAUUACAUCUCCCAGCUUAGCAUGGCUUUUACCAUCCCCAUAUUUUUGGAAGUCAGAUGAGGUAUUAGUAGAAACUGAUACAAAAAACUUUACAGUGACAGACUAUAAAUCAUUUUUUGAAGGCAUAGACUACAUGACUGGCUAUGAUAUGUACUUAGACGUUAAGCAGUACAUGGAUUUUGGACCACCUGGUGUAGAAGUCCAUUGUUUACAUGGUGAUACAAUUGCAACAGUUGAAAAAAUGAUAUUUGGACCAGGAAAAUUUCCGCUUAAGUAUCCUAAGUUACAAUAUGGUAAUGGCGAUGGCACAGUUAAUUCCAGAAGCCUUGAAGGUUGCAGUUAUUGGUCAAGUAUGCAAAAGCAAAAAGUUUUCCAUCAGGUAUUUCCAAAUGCUAACCACAUGACAAUCUUGAGUGAUGAACGCGUAAUGGAUUACAUUGCACAGCUCAUGGAAAAACUAUAGUUGUCCAAUUAUUUUAAACUUAACAAGUUAUUAUUAAGAUGUGUAUGAUAAUUUAAUAAUAGUUAAUGUAUUCAUUUAAAUAGAUAUUUAAGGAAAUCAGUAAUAAUAACCAAUUUUUAUUACUAAUUUUAUUUUAUUAAGUACAAAUUGGUACUCAAACUUCCUUCCUUAUAGUAUUUACUGUAAAUUUUAUUUCAUUGUUUACCAAAUAUCUUAAAAUACUUUGAAACAAACAAUAUCUUUGUUGUCCUGUGAAUUAAUAUCCAUAUUUGAAGUGUAUUAAAUGUAUUAAAAUCUUAAAAUCACCCAAUAAUCAUCCAUUGUUAAUCACUAUUUGUUUUAUGGCUUAUAAUCUAAAACAGCAAUGUUUUCAAUAUUUUGUAAAUUACAAUUAAAUAAUAUAUUACACAAUUUAUUAGUCAAUACUGUGAAUUAAGACAUAACAAACUAAUAUAAAAAUGUUACCAGAGCCUAGAGAACCUCAAAUUACGUGGAUAAGACUACUUGAUGGAAAUAUAAUAUGAUUAUCAACAACAUCUUA